CGUCAACACUGCACAAGACGACGCUGUUCUGCCAUUGGACUGUUUGCGGUGGCUGUGAGGAGGAGGCACUAAGUUUGAUGCGGUUUCCCCGCUGCCUCACGUGCAGGCCACCCAACGUAUUGACGAGGGCGACGAGAGAUAAAGAGCAGAGCGGUUAUGGUACUUGUAGCCCCAUUUGGUGGAGGAGGGAGGCGACAUGGGUGCCGCCCAGGGUUUCAUCACCAAGCUCGGCCAUCUGCUUGUCUUCUUGCCCAUCUUCCUGCUGCUUCUCCUCCUCGGGAUACUCAAGGCGGCUUUCAUCGCGCCCAUCGUGUUCGUCACCGUGUUGGUCGGGAACACCGCGUUGAUCGUGGGGCUUUACCCCGUGCACGCCGUCUGGACCUGCUGCUGUAUCGCGAGGACAAAGAAAUUUGGUUCCUUGUUCAAGGUUCUCAUACUGCUGUUGAUGCCAGUUCCAAUCCUUCUGUGGCCAUUUGCGUCGGUGAUUGGUACCAUUUUGACAGGACUAGGAUUUGGAAUUGCUUUGCCACUAAUGGCAACAUUUGAAGCUGUUAGGGAAAGGGUUCCAAAUAAGUUCUCUAGGUGCUUCACGGCUGGUACUUGGAGCUCAAUUAAAGGAGGGUUCACUAUUGUGCGUGACUUCAAAGAUAUUUGCUUUCAUUCUUACUUCUCCAUUAUGGAUGGAUUGGUUGAAGCAACGGGUGAGACAAUAAUGGACAUGAGGAUAUCACAAGUACCUGGAUGCUUACUGGCAGGAAUCUUAGGUGUGCUCAUUGAUGUGCCCAUGAUUAGCCUUAUAGUCCUUUACAAAGUUCCUGUUAUGCUGUUUAAAGGAUGGAAGCAGUUGAUUCAAGAUCUUAUUGGACGGUCAGGUCCAUUCUUGGAAAGUGUUUGCGUUCCUUUUGCUGGGCUUUUGAUUUUACUGUGGCCUGUAGCAGUUGAGUUGACAGCCGUAGCAGGGAUUCUUUCGAGCUUUAGCCUUGGAUGCUAUGCUGCUGCUGUUGCAUAUCAGGAAAAUUCUACAAUGAGUGGAAUUCUCUAUGUCAUAACUGUGAUAUCUAUGUUUGAUGAGUUCACUAAUGACUUCUUGUACAUGCGAGAAGGCUCAUGCUUUCCGAGACCUAAAUAUCGCAAGGCAGCUAUUUCUCGCUCUCCAUCAUUUCCGAUAAAGAGGGAUCCAAUCCAAGAUGAUUCUUAUCCUGCAAAACGUCCAUUGAUUAAGACAGCAUCAAUGAAGGUGCAGGAGCUGAAAUCAGUAGUGAUAUGGGAUAACUUCUUCAAGUCAUGUGAGAGUGUUGGUAAAGAGCUUGUUCGAGCUGGUGCUAUUCAUAUAUCAGACUUGGAGGAAUGGCAAAAUUCAAAGAACAAAAUAGUUAACAUUGGGCUUCCUUCAUAUGUCUUUCUGCAGUGUUGUGUCCGUUCAAUAAAAAGCGGUUCUGUUGGUUUUGUCUUGCGUGACAAUGUUGAAGUCACAUCUUUAAAUAGGCCCGAGGGAAGAAUUUUUGACUGGCUUUUCGAGCCCAUGCUGGUUCUGAAAGAGCAGAUCAAGGCUGCAAAUUUAGAGACAACAGAAGAGGAAUAUCUCUAUAAGCUGGCUCUUUAUUGUUCUGAUGCUCGAAGAUUUUCUUCUUGGCAAAAUGGUGGGAUCGCGCCAGCUGAAGAGGUCAAAAGAGCCCAAUUAGAAGGUUUAAGUAGAAGGUCGCAGGGUUUCAGUUUGACCAUUUCGAGGAUGCCAACCUUCAGACGACGGUUUGAGGAAGUCGUCAAGGCAUUGCUGCAAGAAGCCAGGCAGGUUCUGCAGAGAAAUGGCGAUGGCAUUGAGCCAGCACUAUAGAUGAUUCCCAUCAGAUGAACGGCAUCUCAGUUACCUCGUUUGCACCAUAUGAUGGAAUAGCCUCUGUUGCGGGGAAAGGAUGCUUGGUAGAACUCCUUUUUGUUGUAACCUAAUCGACUGUCCUCCUGGAAUAAUGUCACUAUGUCAAGCUUUUCCUUAGCAGAAACUAAAUGACUGUAUGAACCAAUCAACAUGUGUGGACUUGAGGAAUGGACAAUCCUUUACCAUGUUUGUGA